GGAGCAAGAGCGCUGAGCACCCCGGCAGUACUGGCUACACCUUCACAACAGGGACUACGUUGCUCUGCUGCUGGCGGGAAAGAUGCGGGUGGUGUGGUUGCUGUGUCUCGUCGCUGCCCUGACUGAUGAUGGCGUCAUGGGCGAGCUGUCACCUCCUGAUAAAUCCUACAAAAUUCUUGUGCCAAUCCCGAUGAUAGGAAGGAGUCACUGGAAUAUGUUCAAGCCUCUGCUGGAGGCGCUGGCACUGCGUGGUCACCAGAUCGUGACGAUGCACCCGCUCCCGCCAAAACUCCAUAACCCCAACAUCACGGAACUAUUUCUCCCUAAUGUCGGAAUCUCUUCGCCAAGUAACCAUUUCGAGGGUACAACUGCCCUUGCAGGUGGUUUUCAUUUGUUAAAGGAGCCUCUGACAAUCGCAGCUACUCGUUUCUACACUCUUCCAGAGGUUAAACAAUAUUAUAGCAAAAGGAAAGAGUUUGACCUUAUCAUCACAGAUCACCUUUUUAAUGAGACAUCACAAAGAGGAGUCAAAGCCAAGAUCACAAAGGGAGUUUCAAGAGCUCAAGACGUCACAAAGGAGUUUCAAGAGCUCAAGACGUCACAGGAGUUUCAAGAGCUCAAGACAUCACAAAGGGGAGUCAAGAGCUCAAGACGUCACAAAGGAGUUUCAAGAGCUCAAGACGUCACAAAGGGGAGUUUCAAGAGCUCAAGACGUCACAAAGAGCAGUGUUAA